AUGGCUAUUUUCUGGGGUGGAUGGCCUGACACAGUCAGCCAUUUCUGUAAAGGAGAAGCGUUUUACAAGGAAUCAAAGUCACAGGCCCAUGGAUCUUCUGGAACUCUUGAAGCUUCAGCCAUGGCUAUCCAAUCCAAAGCCAGAGCCCCUUAUCUGAGGUUAUUGGGUCCUCUUCAAAUUUGUCAGAGUACCUUAAAUAGUGAGAAACCAGAAGACCCAGUUCUGAGCGAGAGUGCUUCCUUGGAAAGUGAACUUGGUAAGAGUGAAAAUGGUGCAGAUGGAGGGAGCUGGACAACCUCAGUUUUGCUCUUUGUGUUGUGGGGUGCACUGCUGUACUAUGUCUUCAAUCUUGCUCCAGACCAGACCCCGUCACAGGACAUGUAUUUCUUAAAGAAACUCUUGAAUUUGAAGGGAGAUGAUGGUUUCAGAAUGAAUGAAGUUCUCGUGUCCAUCUGGUACAUAAUGGGUUUGUGGCCUUUGGUGUAUAGCAUGUUGCUGCUUCCAACAGGGAGAAGCUCAAAAAGUAAAGUUCCUGUCUGGCCUUUCUUGAUACUUUCAUUCUUUGGUGGGGCGUAUGCUCUUCUUCCCUAUUUUGUGCUUUGGAGACCACCACCACCUCCUGUUGAAGAAAGUGAGCUCACAAAAUGGCCUCUCAACUUUCUUGAAUCUAAAUUAACUGCUUGGAUAUCACUUGCUGCAGGACUGGGCAUCGUUAUCUAUGCAGGUCUAGCCGAUGGGGCUGACUGGAAGGAAUAUUUUCAGUACUUCAAUGGAAGUAAAUUCAUACAUGUGAUGAGCCUUGAUUUCACUCUACUAUCUGCAUUUGCUCCAUUCUGGGUCUAUAACGAUAUGACGUCCCGGAAAUGGUUUGACAAAGGUUCUUGGCUUCUCUUUGUGUCAUUGGUGCCGCUCAUAGGCCCUGCUCUGUAUCUUGUCUUACGGCCAUCUCUAUCAACAGAAGCUAAUUCGCCGAGCCCUACCAAUCCGAAAUUGCACCAUGAAGAAGACGGAUGA